AUGCACAAUGUGAUGCCAUCAGUCGGAAAACCAGUAUAUACCCUUAGAAGUAAUAUAUGUCGCUCGAUGCUUUCUUUUAAUCCAAUAAAAUUUUUAACACUACCAAUUGACAUCAGAAAGGAAGUUUAUUUUCAUUUAGAUGGCAAUUUUUGCGGAGCACAUCCAUGCUCCAUAGAUAUAUUAUACACAUCUAAUGAUGUGGAGCUUCCAGGAAAGUCUGGGUAUAAAAGAUCGAAGAAAUCUAAGAAAUUAUUGAAGUAUAUGUAUCCUGUUUUUGCUUCGUAUUUAAACAUUUUUGAAUACUCACCGCCACUUAUUGAAAAAUGGCUUGAAUAUGCGUUUUGGUUACGCUAUGAUUGCUUAGUUUUGGACUGUUUGAAGGUAAACCAUCUUUAUGAUGGUACACUUAUUGGUGCAUUAGAAUGGACAUAUCUAGAUAAUGAACUUCGGCUGGCUUAUUUCAAUAAGGCUAGUAUGCUGGAAGUUUGGUAUACUUUCAAAGAGUACAAGAAAUGGGUGAUAGAUGGUGCCGCUUAUAAUGACCAUAGCUUAAUUAAAGUAGAUAAUAUUCAAAUUGAUAUUGAUAACCUAACUCCAGAAUUACUAGAUAAGUGCUUAACACUACUAGAGCAAAAAGAUUUAUUUGCAAGCAUUAGGGAACUAAAAUUUGGACAAGACGAGGAAGUUGAGGGAGAGAAAGACGUUGAUGCUAGUGAAACUGUUUCUGGCGAAAACUUUAAAGUCAACUCCACAGUGACAAAUAAGAAAAGGUCAGCUGCCACAAGGUCAUAUGCAGAUGAUGGUUGUGUUGGAGCAAAGCAAAACCAACUAACAAGCGUAUCAGUUAUCAGAACAGUUAAAAGUAUGGAACUUAUGAAAAGCCUGCGAAAGAUCACUGUGCGAGGGGAGAUGUUAUAUGAGUUAUUAAUAAACUUCCACGGGUUCAGAGACAACCCCGGUAAAACAAUUAGCUACAUAGUGAAACGCAGAAUAAAUGAAAUACGACUAUCACGAAUGGAUCAGAUUUCUAGAACAGGAUUAGCUGAUUUUACUAGAUGGGACAACCUGCAAACGCUAGUGUUAAGUAGAAUAGCUUAUAUCGAUUUGAACAACAUUGUCUUACCCAAAAAUUUCAAGUCUUUGACAAUGAAACGUAUAAGUAAAAUAAAGUGGUGGAACAUAGAGGAAAACAUAUUGAAGGAACUAAAAUUAGACAGAAAAACUUUCAAGACAUUGUAUAUAAGGGAAGAUAGUAGUAGAUUUACAAAAUUCCUUAACCUCAGACAGACAGAAGUAAAAGAACUUGACAAAAGUGAAAUUAAUCAAAUAACAUAUUUCCGAUGUCAAGCAUUGGUGUGGCUAUCUUUUCAGACUUUAAACCAUAUCAAACUACAAAGUGUAUCAGAAGUUUGUAACAAUAACAUCAUUGUCCCUAGAGCGUUAUUUGACAGUAAACGGGUGGAAAUUUACCAAUGCGAAAAAAUCUCUGAGAUCCUAGUAAUAUAG